AGCAGAGUAUGUGUGGCUGCGUGCACAGUACCCAGGACCAAGCACUGCACUUGGAAGGGGAGCACAAUCCUUCUGCAGCCCCGACGUCCACUUUAGCACCUAAGAAAAUGCCCAAAAGCAUUUCAAUAUCCAAACAACUGGCUUCAAUUAAAGCUCUGGAGAAGGGCUCCGAUCUGGAAAAAGCCAUCGCUACUGCGGCUCUGAUUUUCAGAAACUCCUCUGACCCUGAUGGUAAACUUGGAAAAGCUACAGCCAAAAAUCUGCUGCAAACCCAAUAUAAGAAUUUCACAGAGGGACAAGAAACCAAGCCAAAAUACAAAGACCUUCUUUCUGAACUCGAUGAACACGUGGAAAAUAAGCUCGAUUUUGAGGAUUUCAUGAUCUUGGUCUUAAGCAUCACUGUAACAUCAGAUCUGCUACAAAAUAUAUGGAGUGUAAAAAUUAUGAAAUGAACAGAUUUAAGUACAUAGUUAGACAAAAUACUAGCAAUAGACAGUGUUGCAUGACUAAAGAUAUCUCCAUUUUAUUUUUAGUUAAACAUACUGAUGGCCAGACAUAGUUUCGAUUGCUAAUAUUCAGACCCCAUAUAACUCAGAAAGUAUAUGCAUACUCUUCUGGAAUGUUUCAAUAAUAGAGUUUCUGGGUAUUUACAAUAUGAUAGAUGAUAUCACUGAAUAUCAAACUGCUUGUGCUGAGUCAUUAGUGACUUAGAGACUUUCCUUAAAGUCAUGGGGUCACCCAUUCAUCUACUGAACAAUAUUUGUUGAGCCUCUACUUGACGGUACUGUUGAGGAUACAGUAGUGAAGUAGUCAAUCUCUGCCCUUAGAUACACCUGUGGAAAGUCUAGCAGAAGAGAUGGACACUGAAUAAUUUAUCAACCAAUUGCAUAUACAGUAUAACUGUGACUGUGAUAAAGGCAUCGGGAAGCUGAAAGAGCUGUCAUCUGUCCUUGGCCCAAAGGUCAGAGAAGCUUUACCGACAUUCUGCAGAAGGCAGAACUGCAGGGGAAAAGGAGACACAAAAAGUGGUCGUUAGUCUGCAUUCUCUCUCUCAGUGGUUGCCAGGGCUGUCUAUG